AUGUGUGGGAUCUUGGCCGUGGUGCUUGCCAACCAGAAGAACAACGUGGCGCCAGAGCUCUUUGAAGGCGCCAUGUUCUUACAGCAUAGGGGUCAGGACGCUGCUGGAAUUGUUACCUGUGGCGCCAGAGGCAGAUUCUACCAGUGCAAGGGCAACGGGAUGGCCCGUGAUGUGUUUACCCAGCUGCGGAUGAUGAACUUGGUCGGCAACAUGGGCAUCACCCACUUGAGGUACCCUACUGCCGGGUCGAGUGCUGGGUCGGAGGCCCAGCCGUUCUACGUGAACUCGCCAUAUGGGAUAUUGCGCAAGUACUUGGACGAAACCGUCCACAGGCACAUCAACACGGACUCGGACUCGGAGCUUUUGCUCAACAUCUUCGCCUCUGAGUUGGAUAAGUCCAACAAGAGCAGAGUCAACAACCAGGACCUUUUCGCUGCCUUGACCCUGACCAUGUCCACUAUUAGAGGUGCCUACUCGUGUGUGGCCAUGCUUGCUGGCUACGGUGUGAUUGGUUUCCGUGACCCUAACGGGAUCCGUCCACUUUUGUUUGGUGAAAGAACCAACGAGGACGGUCUGGUCGACUAUAUGCUUGCGUCAGAGUCGGUGGUGUUGAAAGCGCACGGAUACAAUGUUUUUAGAGACAUCAACCCAGGUGAGGCUGUCAUCAUUCCAAAAGCUCCUGACGCCAACAACAAGCCUGAGUUCAGACAGGUGGUGGAGCCUAAGGUGUUCUCCCCAGAUAUCUUUGAGUACGUCUAUUUCGCCAGACCCGACUCUGUGUUGGACGGCGUAUCCGUCUACAGAUCGAGAAUCGAGAUGGGUAACCGUUUGGCCACCAAGAUUCGCAAAAGCUUCCCCAACCACGAUGUUUUGGGCGAGAUCGAUGUGGUGAUCCCCGUCCCAGACACUUCCCGUACGUCUGCUUUGCAGUGUGCCGUUUCCUUGAACGUUCCAUACAGAGAGGGUUUUGUGAAGAACAGAUACAUUGGACGUACUUUCAUUAUGCCUAACCAGCAAGAAAGACGUCUGAGUGUAAGAAGAAAGUUGAACGCCAUGGAGUCUGAGUUUAAGGGCCGCAACGUGUUGCUUGUGGAUGACUCUAUCGUCCGGGGUACUACUUCUAAAGAGAUUGUCCAGAUGGCCCGUGAAGCCGGCGCCAAGACGGUCAUGAUUGCAUCUUGUGCUCCACCUAUCCGUUUCAACCAUAUUUAUGGUAUCGACUUGGCCGACACCAAGGCUCUUGUUGGGUUCGACAGAACGGAAGAUGAGAUUGCCGAGGUUAUUGGCGCCGAUAAAGUCUUCUAUCAGGAUUUGCAAGACUUGAUCGACUGCUGUUCAAGCGAAAAGACUCUGACGUUUGAGGUCGGUGUAUUCACUGGCCAGUACAUCACUGGCCCUGAGGACAAUUACAUCCAAGAGUUGGAGAAGAUCAGAGCUCAAAAUCAAAGGUUGAAGGAAGUCAAGAAGGGCUUGAGCGUGGAUGCUUGUAUAGACGCCCUGGACCUUGUGGACGUGAAAGCCGAGGUAGAUAUUUCCAUCCACAAUGCCGGAGACCAUCACCCAUGA